CUGUCAGCGUUGCGGUUCUGGUUUCUGGUUUCUUACCUAUCUUUCUUUUUCUCGUCGUCUCAUUCUUCUCUCCUUUGGAUCAUAUCGUCUACUUACUCGGGCUUUUAGUUUAUACAACGUGUUUACUGGGGUGUCUCUUGUGUUAUCAUUAUCUAUCCUAUCUCUGUUUAUCUCGACAUUUUCCCCCGCACAUUCUCUAUUGCUUGUUCUUUGCUUCUCUGCAAUCGGUUUUAAUUAUUAUCUAUUCACCUGGAAUCUUUCUUGGAGGCCUCCCUUGCUGAAAAACGUUCAGUCCUCCAUAAUUCAUCUGUCACAGGUUGCCCGCUGUCCACGCAGUCCAACCACUCCACCCUAUCCCUUGCGGUUUCGCCCCUGAAAUUGUGUCGUGAGCCGUGUUCAAGGGGAUUCUUGGGUGUCUGUAUAUAUUUCGAUCUGCGCAACCCACCGGAUCUUCUGCGCGAUCCCCUUGUCCUCGUCUCUUGGCUCUAUCGUGAUUAAUUUCUCUUCCCCCCCCUUAUCUCUCGCGCCAUGACUCCACGAGACCCUAUCGCUUCUUCCUCCCGACGACGUCCCUCCCUUUCGCUCAGACCUCGACCUCGUACCUCCGCCUCCUCGACCCUGCAACCGUCCGGACUUGAAAAUGAGGCCUGGAAUAGACUGUCCGUGUUGGACGCAGUGGACGACGGUGAGGGACAGGUUGUGGAAGAAAUGAACCACUUCCCGGAACCGGUCCCGAGGCGCCGCGGAGCUAAGAGCUUCUCCAGUCUCCGUCAUCCCGUGGACGGCCUACGCGCUCUCGGCCGUCGUCUGUCAGUCACCAUUCGCAACAAAUCGACCAGACAUGUGUCUCACCCUCAUCAUGGGGACCAUGUCCUGUGCCAGGAUGAUGAACAUACCCCAAACAGAGAUGCGGUUCUGUCGAGGCAUAGUUGGUGCAGAGGCUCCAACAUCAACCGUCGCGCUUCGCUGAACGGCGUCCCCGGUCUGCACGGAUUCUACGCUCCUACUGCCGGCAUUAAUGGUCCGAUUCCCGGCCAUGGCCUGGAGCCUCCAAUUCUUCCAAACGACCUCUUUGCGGGCUCAGCUGCCCGAGCUGCGGCUGCGGCUCAGAAUGAGAUGGCUCGAGUCGAGCGCGACUGUGCCAAACUGUCCGAUGCGAGGUUGCCGCAGGAUUCGGAAAGCGGCAUCGGAAUUGACCUGCGUGAUCGUUCGGAUGAGAUCUCCGACGUUGACCUCGAGGAUAUUGUGCGUCUCGACCCGGUUGACUAUCUGCCAACGGAGAUCAUGUCCCAGGUCUUUAGUUAUCUCGACCCCGAGUCGUUGAUGCAAUCCGAGUCGGUCUCUCACGCUUGGAAUGGGCAGGCUUCCUCUCGGCAUAUCUGGAGACAGGUAUUCCGUCGCGUCUACGGACAUAGUCGACCUACUGCUGUUUCGUCCAAGAAGAAACAGUCCGCAGGUUUGGGAAAGACCAUUCCCAAUCAGGACUGGAAGAGAAUGUUCUUCGUUCGACGCGCUCUAGACGCUCGCUGGAAGGAAGGCAAGGCCGCCGCCAUCUAUCUUCACGGACACACGGACAGUGUAUACUGUGCGCAGUUUGAUGAGGACAAAAUCAUCACCGGUUCGCGUGACCGGACCAUUCGCAUCUGGGACGCCCAUUAUCCCUGGCCGUGUCGAAAGAUCAUCGGCCCUCCCCCGGGAGAUGUUCCGGGGAUUGGGCCGGUGAACAACCCAAGCCAACAGUCUUCGGGCAAACCUCCUUUCCUGACCAUCUGCCCUCCUCCUACCGUCGCUGACGGGAUUGUGACGCCGAUGGACCAGUCUUCGGACUACCAUAGCGCUUCGAUUCUGUGCCUUCAGUUCGACGAGGAGAUCAUGGUCACUGGAUCUUCGGACUUCUCGUGCAUUGUGUGGGAUAUUCACAAUGACUACAAGCCAAUCCGUCGCCUUGAAGGCCACCGAGCCGGUGUGCUGGACGUCUGCUUUGACGAGCGGUACAUCGUCUCCUGUUCCAAGGACACUACCAUUUGCGUUUGGGAUCGCCAGACCGGAGCGCUCGUGAAGAGGCUCGUUGGACACCGCGGACCGGUUAACGCCGUCCAGCUGAGGGGCGACCUGGUCGUUUCUGCUAGUGGAGACGGGGUGGCCAAGUUGUGGAAUAUCACAUCGGGUCUCUGCAUUAAGGAGUUCCCCAGCAAGGACCGCGGGUUGGCAUGCGUCGAGUUCAGCGACGAUGCUCGGACUAUCCUCACCGGCGGAAACGACCAGGUGAUCUAUCAGUUCGAUGCCAACACGGGCGAGCUCGUGAAAGAGCUCAAAGGCCACGUUGGCCUAGUCCGGUCUCUGCACCUGGAUAGUAUGAGCCAGCGGAUUGUCAGCGGUAGCUACGAUGUUAGCGUCAAGGUCUUUGACGCGCAGACGGGAGAAUUGUCGAUUGACCUCCCGGGAUGGACCACUAGCUGGAUGCUGAGUGUGAAAUCUGACUACCGGCGUAUCGUGGCCACCAGUCAAGACUCUCGUGCCGUCAUCAUGGACUUUGGAUAUGGUCUUGACGGCAUCGAGUUGCUGGAAGAAUAAUAUAAUGAACAGGGCAUUUGGUUUGCCAUAUAUUGAAAUUUGCUGGACAUUUUUAAUACGGAAAAGCCAUUGGUUACGGGAGUUCUUUUUGCUUAUCUUGCUUAUAUUUGCUUUCUGGGAUACACAGUUUUGGCAAGCGAUAGAUGUUGUUUUCUUCUUCUGUCUUUGUGUUGUGGUGAUGGUCACUUGUGAUCGAUUCAUCUAGACUUGCUAGAAGGUAUAUAGAUGGCCGUCAAUCCACCCGUUGCUUCUCUUGCAU